GUAGGGGAUGAGGGACCUUGAAGGCAGACCCAGGAUACUGAGUCUCCUGAAAGCGAGGAGCUUUCAGGAUGAAGGAGAGUCACACCUCCCUGCCUUCCUCAAGCGGUUCCCUUCACCCUGAACAAAGGUCGUUCCCAUUUCUCCAUCUGUGGAAAUCCUGAUCGUACCCCUCCUUAAGGAAGCUCUCCUUGUUUCCCCAAUCACAGCUUAUUGCUCCCUUUCUCGGCCCGCAAGCAGCUGUGUUGAGCCUGUCACUAUUAGGAGAAUGAACACAGUGACUCCAGGUUGGAGGAUAGUGUUCUUGGUAUUGUGAAGGGGCUGCAGACGCCUCGUGGUCCCUUCGAGGAAGCCCAAGGGGCCUGGGGCAGACGGGUCCCACCUGCCUGCUACUGGCCUUCGCCUGCUCAGUUCCCCUUUUCUGCCAGACCCGCCUAUCCCCAACGCUUCCCGGCCCGCCCCUUUCUACUCCUUGCCCUGAUCUAAACUCCACGGUCGACAGCUGUGUGGGGCCCUGGGCAGCCUCUCCGUGAAAAGCCGCGUGCCCGAAGUUAGCGCACACACACCCGCAAAAGAUCUGUGGCGAGCAGACCAUGCGGCUGGACAGACUUUGUGCUUGGCUGAGCGCGGUGGCCUGUGGGUUCCUGCUGAUUCUCAUCCAGGGCCAGGGUGAGCCUCCCUCGAUGGGUAACAGGGACUGAGACGAACUUGACAAAUUCUGCAAAGACAGGACGUGAGACUGCGGGAGAGAGGGCACCAGGGAGGUGGGAGCCGGUGAAGAAUCAGCGCGAGAAUCGAGCCCCGGAUCCGAUGCUUCGCAACCUCCUGGGGCCAGGAGUCUGCCAGCCCCAUCCGGACCACACACAUGGGGCAGGUGAAGGGGAGCCUCGUCCACGUGAAGGGUACCAAUGUGGGGAUCCACGUCUUCCUGGGAAUUCCCUUUGCUAAGCCACCUGUAGGGCUGCUGCGAUUUGCACCCCCUGAACCCUCUGAAUCUUGGAGUGGUGUAAAGGAUGGGACAUCCCACCCAGCCAUGUGUCUGCAAGACAUCACUCUCAUGGAUGCACUUGCUCAGUACCUGCUGAAUCACACCCUGCUGUUCACCUCCAUGUCUGAAGAUUGCCUGUAUCUCAAUAUCUACACACCUGCCCACACCCACGAGGGCUCCAACCUGCCUGUGAUGGUGUGGAUCCAUGGUGGCGGGUUGGUGAUGGGCAUGGCUUCCAUAUAUGAUGGCUCUGCACUGGCAGCCUUUGAGGACAUAGUAGUGGUUGUUAUCCAGUACCGCCUGGGUGUGCUGGGCUUCUUCAGCACUGGAGACAAGCAUGCAUCUGGCAACUGGGGCUACCUGGAUCAAGUGGCCGCACUACACUGGGUCCAGCAGAAUAUUGCCUACUUUGGAGGCGACCCUGGGCGUGUCACCAUUUUUGGUGAGUCCGCAGGUGGCACAAGUGUAUCCUCACACAUGGUGUCCCCCAUGUCCCAAGGACUCUUCCACGGUGCCAUCAUGGAGAGUGGUGUGGCCCUGUUGCCCGGUCUCCUUGCCAACUCAUCUGACAUGGUCUCCGCAAUGGUGGUCAACCCAUCUUCCUGUGGCCAGGUUGACUCAGAGGCCCUGGUGGACUGCCUGCGAGGCAAGAGUGAAGAGGAGAUUCUAGACAUCAACAAGCCCUUCAAGAUCAUCCCCGGUGUGGUAGAUGGGACCUUCCUGCCCAGACACCCCCAGGAGCUAAUGGCCUCUGCUGAUUUUCAACCUGUUCCCAGCAUCAUUGGUGUCAACAAUGAUGAGUAUGGUUGGCUCAUCCCCAUGUUCAUGAACAUCUCUAAAAUUCAGAAAGAAAUGGACAGAGAGACCACGAAGGCUGCUCUGCAGGAAGUACUAGCAAUGAUGAUGUUGCCUUCUGAGAUUGGUGACCUGUUGAUGGAGGAGUACAUGGGGGACAGUGAGGACCCCCAGACCCUCAAGGCCCAGUUCCAGGAGGUGAUGGAGGAUGCUGUCUUCGUGAUCCCUGCACUCCAAGUAGCAAAUUUACAGCGUUCGCUUGCCCCUGUCUACUUCUAUGAAUUCCAACAUCGGCCCAGCUUCUUCAAGGACAUCAAGCCACCCCAUGUGAGGGCAGACCAUGGUGAUGAGAUUCCCUUUGUCUUUGGAACAUUCUGGAGAAACUCUGUUGAAAUUCCUGAGGAGGAGGUGAUGCUGAGCAGGAAGAUGAUGAAGUACUGGGCCAACCUUGCUCGAAAUGGGAACCCCAACGGUGAGGGUCUGCCCCACUGGCCCGUGUAUGACCAAGAAGAGCAAUACCUGCUGCUGAAUGUGCAGCCUUCGGUGGGCCGAGCCCUGAAGGCCCACAAGCUCCAGUUCUGGACAAAGACCCUUCUCCAGAAGAUCCAGGAGCCAACGGGGGCUGAGGAGAGGCACCCAGAGCUCUAGCUCCCUGUGUCUGGGCAUGAGGAGGUCAGGGGUGGGCUUGAAUGCAGGUCGGGUUCUGCCAGAUGUGCCCACACGCACCCACUGAGGGUCACUGGUUUUUUCUUUCAUUCACUUGGCCAUUCAUGUAUUUCUCCAGCCAGCCAGCCAGCCAGCAAAGAUUUAUUAAGAACCUACUGUUCCAAGUUCUUGUGAUGUUGCCAAGCCCCCUGUAGGUCCUCUUCUGUUAGGCGCACUCAGUAAAUCCUCCCAAGAAGCUGUGGAUGGGCAAACCCCAGUAGAAGUUUACCUUGCCCAGUACCCCACUGCGCUUCAGGCCUCCUCCUCCCUUCCUCACUUCACUGCCUCCCCACCAUCUCUUCUCUCUCUCUGAAGCAGAGUGCUUUGGGAAAUGUCACCCACAUGUAGCUCUCAGCCCCAUAUGCUCUCACACCUGUAAGUGGUCAAUAGAAAUUCUGGACACCAGGAGCUCGGGACUUUGAGACCUCAGCCACCAAGGCUACCAACUAUUAAGAAUAUAAAGGUCCCCACCCAUUGUCCCUCUAGAUUAAGUGCCAUCUAUCAUUCACAUUUAAAGAACCCACUCAGUCACUUAUCUGUGUCCCAUGGAGGUGGUAACCAACUUCAUUUUUUGUUAGAAGCAGGACUGGGCUUGUCUAUGGGCCUCUGGAUCCUAGGCCAGCUGUGAAGUGUCUGGGAGACCCAUGUGGUUUCCUCAGUCACCUGCCUCCUGAAAUAUGCCUUUAUUCUCACUGGUUCCGCAGACUCUAUAGGGUCCAAACUUUACAUAAUUGUAGCGUAUACAUGAAGAUAUUUAUCUGUGGUAUGUUUUCUCGAAGUAGGAUUGAGGGGCCAGAAGGUCCAGGAAAAGAGACUCUUGUCCCCUCACCCAUCCAAAGAGGUCUCUUGCCUUCUAGAGUUCCCUUUGCCAACCUCGCUGUCCCCCAACCCCCACCUUCUCUGAUGAACAUCUCCCAACUCAGUGACCAUAUCCACAUGAUUAGUUUUUCUACUCACUCAUUGUAUUCCCGAAACUUUUCUUCUUCCACCUUAUCCCCCCGCAAAAAGAAACAGUCCCUUACAUUUUAUCUCAGCAUGCAAAGAUACCAAAUUGUGUUUACGCUGCCUCUCUGUUGCCCCAAAGCACUUUCUCUCUGUCACUAAGAGACGAUCCCUCUUCUCAUAGACUUAGGACUUCCUCUAUUCCCCUACCUCUGACCAACUUGCCCUCUCCAGACACAUUUCUAGGAGGAAAGUCCCCCUUCUUUCCCUCCACUGCAUGUCAACAUAACAUAGAGUCUCCCCUGAAACUGGACACGAAGGCUGGAGAUUCCUUCAUUGCCCACCUGGCCUGACAUGGCCAGGGGAGAAGGAAGGGAUUUCCUUUCGGUGAAGACGGAUUGGUGGCCCACAAUGCUUCCCCUGCAUCCUGAAAGCAUUAAUUGAGCACCUGUGGCAUGUACAUUUUGCAUUCCUGCAGAUGCAUAGUAUACUCCCCCAAACUGGAUUCCCAGGUCUAGUUUUAGUAAUUUUUUAAAAGUUUAAUUGUGGAACAAUUUACACAAUUAAAUUCAUCCAUUGUAGGUGUACAGUUUGAUAAAUUUGGGUAAAUGUGUAAGACAUAGAGUCACCAUCACAUCAAGUUUUAGAAUGCUUCUAUUGCUCUAAAAAGUUCCCUCAGGCCCCUCUGCAGUCAGUCACUGCCCUGACCCUAGACCCACACAACCACCAAACUGCUUUCUGUCACUAUAGUUGCCUUUUCUAGAAUGUCAUAGAAAUGGAAUAAUCUUUUACUGGCUGUUGUCACUUAGCAUAAAGUUUUUAUGAUUCAACCAGUAGGUCUUUCUUUUUAAUGCCAAGUAAUACUCCACAUGCAAUAUGCCAGAUUUUACCCAUUCACCCGGUGAUAGGUAUUCUAGUGAUUUCUAUUUGUUGGCUGUUUUUAAUAAAGUUGCUAUGAACAAG